AUGGCUCCUCUCGCCUUGAUAUCAGUCGGUGGUCUGUCUCUGCUUCUGGGGCAGGUGAUGGGCGACACAAUCUCCAGCCCUCUCUCAUGCCUGGAACAGAUGAACAAGGUCAGGGAAGCCGCCGGUCUGCCCAAGUUUGUUGAGAACACCCAGUUGCUGCCUUCCGAGGCACCCAAAACCCCUGAUGAUUUCUGGGAGAAACUUUGUGCUAAAGUUAGAGGGGACCCUGCAACUGAAGCUGUUGGCUCUGCCCCGCAGGGUACAUACGCCUUCUACCCAACAUCGGAGGACGCAGGCAACUGUACCGCUGCAGUUGAAUUUUGGGAAGGGGGGUUCAGCCUGUUUAACGACAAACUGCCUGAAAAGUACAUUGCAUCCAGCCCCAACACGUAUUCUAACCAAAGGGCAGUCUCUUUUGUUGCCCUUUUUAAUCCCAAACCCGACGCAAGCGUGCACUGCACCUUUGCCAAGUGCCCAAAAACGGCCCCUGAGCCCGAUCUCGGAGGUAGAAGGAGACUCGCUGCGGAGACUCUGAAUUCCGUGAUUUGCAUCACUUCCCCAGAGGCAUUGGUAAAUGAGCAAGCCCCAUUCAGCGAGGACGUCUGGAACAAAAUUACAGCAGCAUUGACGGGUGGUGUUAAAGCAGUCGGACCCACUGCCCUCAUCGCCCUUGCGGCAUUGGCUUUGUCCGCAUCUGUUCUCAUUUGA